GUUAGUUGUUCUGUAACGUUGGAGAGUGGCAGUCGGCUAUGGAAUGAAAUCGCUAAGCAGGCCACGCUUCACGAGUAUGACCAAUUGACAGUCGACGGUAUUAUUUUCAUUAUACGAAUUUAGGCUCGAGUUGCAACAGAAUGUGAUCGGUGUGAUUGUUUUUGGCGAUUAUUUUUCUGUUGGUGUCUAUUAUUAUUCAGUGAAAGUGAUUUGUUUUUUUCGGCAGUUUUUGGAUUAUUGUUCGAACGAUUCGUAUGUGACAAUACAGGAAAACAAUACUCAGAGCGAGAUAUGAAACACAUUCUAGUUAACUCCAAACCUCCAGCAACAAAUCGCCUCCAGGAUACCUCACGAAAAGAAACACGCAGAAGAAAGGCUAGAUAACAAUCAACUGAAUCAAGGAGUCACGAGACAAAAAAAGAAAAAUACCGGAAAACUUAGUGUCAAAGAGGGAAGUCUUCGCCCUAGCAGCCCCAGAAAGUUCCAGCAGAAGAAACCGCGUAUAUGGUCCAUCUGGUUCCCCAUCCACCAUCAAAAACGGCUCCCCCGAGAACCCACAUCCGACACACCGUGGACCUCUUCAGGCGUAUCGCCGAAGGCACGACGCGGGCCGAAGGGACCUCGAUAAGGGCCGAAAGGACCUCGAUAAGGGCCGAGUGGCGUCGCUACGUUCGCCUCGCCAUCUCCCCCGACAAGGGCAGCCUCGCCAUCUCCCCCGACAAGGGCAGCCUCUCCAUCUUCCCCGACAAGGGCAGCCUCGCCAUCUUCCCCGACAAGGGCAGUGGCGUCGUCGGUAGGGUGAAGCGGGCGACGGUGAGGGUGCGGGGGUGGUGGCGCGAUGCGGGGGCGUGUCCGCGGGGGGUGGCAGUAGGCGGGGGGGCGGGGCGGUCGCCGCCCCCCUCGAUACGGCCCUGCGCGAGCGAUCGGAGGCCGAGGAGAUCCAUGGGACAGGCGGUCAGCAUGUGCAACUUCAAUAAUUGCAGACACAAGAAAGGCCUGCAACUGCGUAACUCCGUCGACGAACAGCGGAUGCCGGUAGAUGGCGCCGGCGCAGUACCGGAGUCCGGCCAUCGGGUGCCGAGACAUCACCCGAACCAGCACCAGCACCACCCGAACCAGCACCACCACAACAGCCACGGCCACCCCUACGAUCCCGAGUACGCGCACAUGGAGGCGUGGCUGGACGAACAUCCGGACUUUGUCAACGACUAUUUCCUAAGAAAGGCGACCCGCCACGUAGUCGAACAAUGGCAAAUGUCCCAUGCCACACCUUCAUCCUCAAGCGUCGAGCAACUCUCCUCUCCUACCUUCACCGGAAGUUCUUCUGGUGCCACGACGCCAGUGCGCAAGAUAUCUGCGCACGAGUUCGAGCGCGGCGGGCUGCUCAAGCCGAUGAUCAACACGGUGGACGGGCAGCCGACCUUCCUGACCAGCGAUGCGCAGGCGCAGGGCGGGCCUGUGGGCAGUCCGACGCCCGCCCGCAGGCAUCGGAGGUCCAGGCACGAGCUCAGGCAGAUGGACGAGAAGGACCUCAUUUUCGAGCUGGUGAAGGACAUUUGCAAUGAACUCGAUGUCCGUUCGCUGUGUCACAAGAUACUGCAGAACGUGUGUGUCCUGCUGAACGCAGACAGAGGCUCCCUCUUUCUCGUCCAGGGAGAAAAGAGCGGCGGCUGCCCGGUGUCUUCUGACGUCAGCCAUGGCCAACGUGACCGGUGUCUGGUCUCGAAACUUUUCGAUGUCUGUUCCAAGAGCACCCUCAUGGAGAUGGAGAAAAAAGAAGAAAUCAAAAUCCCUUUGGGCACCGGAAUAGUUGGGUACGUCGCUGAAAGCGGAGAAGCUGUCAAUAUCCCUGAUGCCUACCAGGAUGAUAGAUUCAAUCACGAAGUAGACAGCAGGACUGGUUACAGAACGAAAUCUUUACUUUGCAUGCCUAUCAAAGAUACCAAUGGUGACGUCAUCGGCGUAGCACAAGUGAUAAACAAAAUCGGCGAUCAACCAUUCACAAAGGCAGACGAAGAAGUGUUCUCCAAGUACCUGCAAUUCUGCGGGAUCGGUCUGAGGAAUGCGCAUCUCUACGAGAAGUCGCAGUUGGAGAUAAGAAGAAACCAAGUGUUGUUAGAUUUGGCCAGGAUGAUUUUCCAGGAACAGUCUACAUUAGAGCACGUCGUUUACAGGAUAUUGUUGCACACGCAGAGUCUUAUUCAAUGUCAAAGGGUACAGAUACUACUAACCCACCAAGAUUCAAGUGCAACUUUUUCAAGAGUUUUUGAUUUCGAAGAAAACGACGUGAACAUCGUUGAAUCUGGAGAAUCUAGAACCAGUCCACUUGAAGGGAGAUUUCCAAUCAACUUGGGAAUAACCGGGCACGUAGCAACAACGGGAGAGACAGUGAACCUCAUCGACGUCUAUGAAGACUCCCGAUUCGAUCCGGAAGUUGAUCAAAACACCAACUUCCGGCACCACACCGUCCUCUGCAUGCCGAUCAAAAACUCUCGGGGCAAAAUAAUCGGAGUUAUCCAGCUGGUGAACAAGUUCGAUCGGCUGCCUUUCACAAAGAACGACGAGAACUUCGUGGAGGCGUUCGCGAUUUUUUGCGGCAUGGGGAUCCACAAUACGCGGAUGUACGAAGAUGCGACUGCCGCCAUGGCGAAGCAGAAGGUUAUUUUGGAAGUCCUCUCUUACCAUGCGACUGCAAGUGUUGAGGAGGCGCAAAAAUUGAGGACAUUGAGGAUACCAUCAAAUGCAAAAUUUAGACUAUUAGAAUUUGACUUCGAUGACAUCCAUAUGAAGGAUGAUGAAACCCUUAGUGCCUGUUUGAGGAUGUUUUUGGACUUGGAUCUUGUGGAGAGAUUUCACAUAGACUACGAUGUCCUGUGCAGGUGGUUGCUGUCAGUAAAGAAAAACUAUAGAGACGUAACUUACCAUAAUUGGAGGCAUGCGUUCAAUGUGGGACAGAUGAUGUAUUCUAUAUUACACGCCACACGAUGGUGGGAACAUUUUGGAACCAUAGAGUGCCUAGCUUUGAUGGUAGCCUGCCUAUGUCACGAUUUGGACCAUAGGGGAACAAAUAAUUCGUUUCAAAUCAAAAUUCAUUCGCCAAUCGCACAACUAUAUUCAACUUCUACAAUGGAGCACCAUCAUUUCGACCAAUGCCUGAUGAUUCUGAAUUCGCUCCAGUUAUUGUCCAAACUCACUGCCGAAGAACAUUCACGGGUCAUCAGGGUCCUGGAGGAUGCCAUACUAGCCACUGAUUUAGCAAUAUAUUUCAAAAAUCGCGUGGAAUUCUUCAAAAUAGCCAACGUGGGAAUGAACUGGAAACUGGAGGCGCACAAAGAAUCGGUGCGAGGCAUGCUGAUGACAGUCUGCGAUUUGGCGGCCAUCACCAAACCGUGGGACGUGGAGAAGAGGAUUGCAGAUUUGGUUACUGCCGAGUUCUUCGAACAGGGCGAUCUGGAGAGGGAGAAGUUGAACAUCACUCCAAUGGACAUAAUGGAUAGAACAAAAGCAGAACAAUUACCAGUAAUGCAAAUAAAUUUCAUCGAUUCGAUUUGUAUGCCCAUUUAUGAAGCCUUCGCAGACCUAUCAGACACCCUUCACCCUCUGCUCGAUGGGGUCAAGCAGAACAGGGUGCAUUGGCUGGAAGAAGCGCAAAAAGCUCAUCUGGUCCCGGACGAAGAAAGCGAUCCGGAAAGGGACGACAACGACAACGUGUCGAAGGGCGACAGUCCCGAUCAGAAUCACAGAGGAUCGGCGUUGGAAAGCGACUAGUUCGGGUAUCAAACAAAUACACUCAUUGGCAAAAAAAAAACGGUCGAAUUGGUCGCCCUGUAACUUUUUUAGUCCUUGUCCGGUUUCGAAUUUAUGUUUCGCAAAGUUAGCCUGAAUUUUAGUUCCCAAAAAAAGCUGAUGGCUUGAUCAUUAUACAGAAAAAAACUAUAAUUUCACGGUUAACUUAUCAACGAUCUGUGGUAAAAGUGAGUGAUCAAACUCAGAGCCACUAGAUGGUAUUAAUUAGAUGAGAGUUCAACAUAGCUGAAUUUUUGUCCUUUUCUAUUUUAUAUAUUUUACAAUGGUUUGAGUGAAUAACAUAAAAAGAUUUUUGGGUGUAUGAUAAAUUGACGUUCAUCAUACAGGGCGUGGAAAGAAAUUCUGAAUUGAGACUCUAUCACGAAUCUGCGAUUAGAAGUCUAUAAAAAUCACAAGUUUCCAUCGUUCAAGUUUGAACCCCCUGAUUGGGUAUGAAAGUGUUGAAAAUGAAUAUUCUCAGAUAAAUUAUGAACAUACA